CAAUAUCACAAUCUCCACUUUUACUUGUUUGCCUUUCUCAAAGGCAAGCCUUUACUUUAGAAGGAUUUUCCUUGUGCUUCCGGUUUAGCAUCUCUCUGUUUUCAUGUCUUUACUACUCUUCAGCAGUUUUAUCUUUAUCUUUUUCUGAUAAUAUUUCUCAUACACUUCUGGGAAACCAGAUAGUAUACGUACACCAUACGUGACUCGUGACUCGUGACUCGUGAAUCAUGUACUCCUGCUAGAUUCAACACCAUACAUGUCCAGAAGGAGAAGCAACGUACACGAGAAGGUAAAAAUCAAACAAAUAUUCUCUUUCCUUCACCGAGCCAUUCAAGAAAAGAACUUACAAUGGAGCAAAGAGUUGCGAGAGGAGAUAUUCUAGCCGGUGUCUUCUCCUUCUGGUUUUGUUGUUAAAUUCAUAUCUUCGUCUUCACAAGUGAGCUAUUUCGUAACUCUAAUCUUCCUCGAAGACAGAACAGAAUGCAGGGACUCAUCCGAGGGGCAAGAACUUGCCAAGAACUACUUAAAAUCGAAAUUCUAAAGCAUUGGCAUGGCAAAGAAACAGUGAUAAGGAAGAAUAUAUUACCACACUUUGGAUGUGUCACCUCCUCUCCUUCCAUACAGGAGAAGGGUCUAGAGAAUUUAACAGUGGCAGAUGUGCUGAUGACUAAGGGAGAUAAAAAGGUUGGGUCUUGGCUCUGGUGCCACACCAAUGACACAGUCUAUGAUGCAGUCAAGAAUAUGGCAGAAAAUAAUAUAGGGUCACUAGUAGUGCUAAAGCCUGGAGAUCAACAUAUUGCAGGAAUCAUCACAGAAAGAGACUAUUUGAGGAAGAUAAUUGCACAGGAGAGAUCAUCCAAGUACACCCAAGUUGCAGAAAUCAUGACUGACGAGAAUAAGUUAAUAACAGUUUCAUCUGAUACAAACAUACUUAAAGCGAUGCAGCUUAUGACAGACCACCACGUACGACAUGUUCCGGUUAUAGAUGGAAAGAUAGUUGGCAUGAUUUCCAUUGUAGACGUUGUUCGAGCAGUGGUGGAGCAGCAAAAAGGAGAAGUGAAGCGGCUAAAUGAGUUCAUUAGAGGAGAAUAUUAUUAAGUUCUAUUGGUGUCGGUCUGAAAGCAAAAGAUUAUUACGAUUUGUACUCUGAAUUUAAAUAGAAGCAAAAGAUAAAACAUGAAUACAAUUGUACGA